UCGCGAUACUGUGUCGCGCAAUCGAGCACGCGGAGAGCGCCGCAAGCGGACGUUGUCGUCGGAAGCCUGAUAUGCGGUCUGCGUUGAGUUCUCGAAAGGCGACGGGGUAUGUAAAGGGCCGCCCGUCGGGGCCCCCACUCGAUCGCCGCUCCUUCGGUGGCUCGGAGCGCGCAGAAUGUUCGGCCGGCCACUCGUGAACCUGGAACAGUGCGCUCCCGAACCGCGGAGCGCACCAGACGAGGGCGCAUGUCCGGAGGCGUCGUCCUGCUGUCCCAUUCUCGGACGGCUGGCCACUUGGAACCGCGCCCUGUGGCACGUCGGGCUGCAGCUGCGGGAGCUCACGGGUCCCGGAGAGCUGUCCCUGGUGCGCGUGGCUCACGAAGGCAGUGGACAGGUGUUGCCCAGUUGCCAGGCGCGCCACCUGUUCCACGUCCUCCUCACCUGCCACCGGUGCCUCGUGAGCGUCGAGCUGGACGACUUGCUCUUCCAAGGCAGCGGGCUCGGCGAGUACCGGGUGCGCGUCAUCGACGCGCUUCGGCAGAACACCAGGCUGCGCGAGCUGAGAUUCGGCAGCCUUUUCGGCGACUACAGGUACAUCCAGGAGGACUUGUUCGCAGCGGUCGGCUCGAUGACGCAGCUGCGAGAUCUGGUCGUCUCCGACAUUGGCGCGGUGCCUAGGACCCUGGUCGACGCGAUCCACCGCUUGCUCGUGGACACGACGGGCCUGUCCACGCUCUCGAUAGCCGGACUCUCGCUGGAAGGCAAGGAAGCCGAGCAUGUCGUGUCGGCGCUGAUGCGCAACCGCACGGUUGUGCACUUGUCCGUGCACCACAGCAUCUUGCUUUAUCUGCAAGAGGAUGGCUCGUCCGCGUUCACUCACUACCUCGCCAAGAACGUCUCCCUGCGCUCUCUCUACGUCGAGGGUUUAGAUUCGGAGCCGGGACAGACGCGCCGACAACUGUCGUGUAUCGCCGCUCCGCUCAUUAUGCACGGCGACGUCUCGAAGCUGGAACUCGUGGGCUUCGCCUUGGACACCGGCUGCGCCAACGUGUUCGCUCGGCUCGUGGGACAGGCAGACGGCUCCCUGCGACACCUCGACAUCGGCGGCUGCUGCUGGACGGCGGCGGACGAGUCUCCGGGCCCUGCCGUCUCUCGGCACGCGCGCGUCUUGGCUCGGGGGCUGCGCAAAGCUCGCCGGGGCAGCCUGGCGUCGCUCUCGCUCAGCCUCGAGGGCUUCACCCCACGCGACUGCAAAGCUCUGUUCAGAGCCGCCGCUGACGUCAAAUCUCUCGAGGCUAUCACGGUCAGCGACAUAGAGCCGCAAGAUUUUCCCGAGGUUUGCCAAGCCAUUCAAGAAGCCGGCAUGAGUGGCCGAGUCCGUGUCAGGGGUGAGUACCCGAUUGACGCGGCGGUCAUCGGUGCGUUCGAGGACUGUCCGCAAGCGGUACGACAGGUCACCCUCAGUUCCGCCAGGGAUUGCAGCGCAGACACAUUCAGCGACACGGUCAUCCUGGUGUGCUCCUGCUAUCAUGUGACGAGGCUUCAGCUGUACCUCUCGCAGGAAUCCAUCGGCGACGUCUCCACGAUGCAUUCGCUGCAGAGGUAUCUGAGAGGGGCAACCGCGCUGAGGGAAGUCGACCUGAUGGGUUGUCAAAAUCCAGACCUGAGCAACUGCAUCCUAGUCCAAGACCAGUCCCACAGCGGUCUUCUGGAGGCACCCUUCGCUAACGUGGGUGUCGCAUCAUUGCGACUGCGCCAUUUUCGUUUCGGCGAAGCGAACCGCCUGUUCCUCGCCGAAGCGAUAAGAAAUAGCCGCACGCUGUGCAAAUUCGUCUUCUCGUCGACAUCGGAAAACGAGGUGUUCGCACGGUGCGUCGCUCCACUCUUGACCCACAACGACACCUUGGUGCGCUUUCACCUUUCGGUAGCCGACGGCAAAGCGGAAGCGGAAAGAUUCGUCAUCGAAUACGUUCUUGGUCGCAACCUGGGAUUUCUCACGUGCGCUGCACACUUUGUGACCGACGAUGCGUACGUGGCGCGCUGUGCCGACGCUUUGUUGCACAUCUUUGGCAGCCCUGCGCUGACCGAGAGAGUGCAGGAAAUCGCGUCCACGGACGAGGCCGGUGCAAGAGAAAUGAUCCGAAACGUCCUAGACUCUGCCUGAAACUAUCUGGGCCUUUCUGGCCACUGUGUUUUUAGCAACCUUCCCGAGUGUUUAGACAAAGAGACAUAGCCUGGUCUCUGCUCGUGCUCAUUUCAUUGAACUUCAAAUGCCGUGCCUAUUUGCGUGUUCAUGCGUACAUGUACGCUGUCGUAUUCAUUCGAGUUCACUCACCCUCACACAUGUUCUCUCCGCCGCUGAAACAAAUGUAGAUAUUCCUGAGGUGGACACUGCGGUGCAAACUGAUUUUUUUACUUUUAUAAUGUCAACGAUUCGGAAAGAGGCGACUGUAUUCGCAUUAAUGCGGUAAUUUUGCCCCACGUAUCAUGCCACCAAUGCCAUAAUGUCCACCUCUGCUGACACGUCUAGUCAUUAUCGUCCCAUUGUUUGCACAAAACAUCACUCAUUUUAGAAAUGACAUUGUUUCAAAUUUUUAGAUGCUUUGAAUAAAUGCGAUCCGUACUCCCGUCA